CGCGCCAGGCCGCACACAGCGGCGUCCCCGGCAGGAGGAGGAGAAUGCAAAGUGCCAUGUUCCUGGCUGUCCAGCACGACUGCGGAUCCAUGGACAAGAGCGCAGGCAACAGCCCCAAGAGCGAGGAGAAGAGGGGGAAAAUGAAGCGGACCCUAUUAAAAGAUUGGAAGACCCGUUUGAGCUACUUCUUGCAAAAUUCAUCCUCUCCUGGGAAGCCCAAAAAUGGCAAGAAAAGCAAACAGCAAACCUUCAUCAAGCCUUCCCCUGAGGAAGCACAACUGUGGUCGGAAGCAUUUGAUGAGCUGCUAGCCAGUAAAUAUGGUCUUGCUGCAUUCAGGGCUUUUUUAAAAUCUGAAUUUUGUGAAGAAAAUAUUGAAUUCUGGCUGGCCUGUGAAGACUUCAAAAAAACCAAGUCACCCCAAAAGCUGUCCUCAAAAGCAAGAAAAAUAUAUACUGAUUUCAUAGAAAAAGAAGCUCCAAAAGAGAUAAACAUAGACUUUCAAACCAAAACUCUGAUUGCCCAAAAUAUACAAGAGGCUACAAGUGGCUGCUUUACAACUGCCCAGAAAAGGGUCUACAGCUUGAUGGAGAACAACUCUUAUCCUCGUUUCUUGGAGUCGGAAUUCUACCAGGACUUGUGUAAAAAGCCACAGAUCACCACAGAGUCCCAUGCUACAUGAGCUGAAAAAGGGAGCACAAAAGUGGAGGACGUUUCAUUUUUUUCCUAAGGGGACAGGCUGUGACCUGCCAAAAAGACUGACCUUGAAUUUAGCCUGGGUGUUCAGGAAACAUCACUCAGAACUAUUGAUUCAGAGUUAGAUAGUGAAUCAGGAAGCUGGUAACUGUCUAGGAGAAGCUUGUAUUCUGACGGCUUCCAUAGCCAUGUCAGGAACACAGGGAGAAAGUGGUCUAAAUGUGGUGUGUCUCACACUGGAAAGAGGCAUGUGAGACUAGAAGUUCUCAUAAAAGGUAUGAUACGAUACUGCUGGUCCAAGAGCGUUUAAAAUCAAUAGAUCUGGGAUUAUGUGGCCUUAGCUAGCUGGCUGUAUAUCUUUCCCUAAAUCAGUCCAUGUUACCACAUAGUGGUUUUAGUUUUAGUUAUUUACGAGUAAGUAAUAUUAAAAUGUUUACUGUGUGCAAGGGUGUUGAAGUUCUUAUGACUACAGAUCAUCAGUACUGUUAUCUCAUAUAACACUAAAACUGAAAUGGUCUAUGUUUGAAUUGUUAAAUGGUGUGUGUAAUAGAAUGAGUGUUGCUGUGUAGAAAACUACAUUGUCCAUUUUGAGUGCCAAAAAUUGUCCUGAAGGCAGCUAAACUUUGAUGUGGUCUUUGAAUACUUUUAAUAAAUUAAUUUUGAUAAUUAAUGUCAUUGAAUAUUUGGCUCAGAUGUAAGAGUUUUGUUUUUUGUUUUUUGUUUUUGUAGUUGGGGGGUUGGUUAAAUUGGAAAAAUGGCAGAUACAAGGGACACUUCUUUCCAGUAAAGAGAGAGAGAGAGAUCAUAGGUGAUGUGCCUGUUCAAUGAUAAUUGACAGUGCUCAGAAAUGAGAAGUGAUAGGAGUAUGUCUUCCCUGCAAUUAUCUCUUUUUUUAAACCUAAUAAGCAGUAUGUGGACCAAGAAAAGUCAGACCACCUCCUCAGAACCACCCUGGGAUCAAACUUUCUUAUAUAAUCUUGUAAAAAAAAAUCAAGCUUCUUGCUAACAAAAGGCAUGACCUUAAAGCCCUUCAUGGGUAUCUAGUAAAGGCCAGCUAAGUAUCAAAAGUGAAAUAAUGUAA